CACAUGUUCGACAAAUGCAAACACACAAACGAUGGAUCAUAUCGCAGAGAAUAAACGUUCAUUUCUUCAUUUAUGGGAGACAUCAUCAUCAGCUAUACGCUUUGGCCAUAUUUCAUUAGAACUUAAUGACUGUUAUAUCAGUUUUUGGCCAGAAAAGGGAACAACAAGUUGUCAAAUUUUAAACGACAACAAGUGCCCAGCUAGAUGGUACAGCACUUUCGAAGAGGAAGUUCGGGAUAACGAAAAACUUAUACCAAUUUCGUUGGCUGUGUUCGGACUUGAUAUAAACGACGUAAAAUUAUGGUUGAAGAAAUUUAAAUCAGACGAUCCUAAAUAUGAUGUACGCGAACAAAACUGUGCGUCGGUUGUGUAUAAAGCGCUCCAAGCUGGAUCGGUUUGGUUUGAAAAGUAUGUGAAGGACUGCAAGGGUAUCAAGACUCCGAGACAGAUUUUUGAGUACGUUAAAAAAGGUUACAAUACAAACACUAAAAUAGAUUGUGGAUAUAUGUGUACACAUUGCCUAUGUUUAACACCGUAUACAACCUUUGGUUUCUUUUCAUUCUACUUUUACAAUGCAUAUACGUUCUGCUUAAGUAAACUGAAGAAAGAUGUGGAGUGUAACAAGAGAGAUCAACUGGUAAAGGUGUCUUGUUCUGAAGAAGACUCUAUGACUGUCAGUACAAAUAAAGAUGUGCCAGAAGAAGAGAAACCAAUUCUGGAAGAUAUUGACUACUCAGAGAGGAUUAUAGAUCUACGUUGCAAAAAGGAAGCAAAAAUUGUGUCCCUUUCGAAAAAGACAUUCAAAUCAGAGGAUGCUUCUGUAAUAGAUCUUGGCAAUAAAUUCAGAAAAAUAACUGCACGCCAGGAACAAGACACUGGGUGUUAGACUCGAGACUUAUAUAUGAACACAUCUGCGGAUGUUUCUAAAUUCAAAAGUUCACCAUUUUCGUGUUAAAUGUUGAAUUCUGCUUAAGCCGGUGCACUUUCCAGUAUCGUCCAUGAACAGAGACUGCAACAUUUUCAAUUUUGUUGUGCUGGACUUUCUUUAGGGAUUCUGUUUUUCUCUAUCUUAUACAAUGGGGUAUAAACACUUUUCCAUGAGUAGACCUGACAAGGAAUUACAGUGGCGAGGAUUAUGUUUGACGUUACAGUUCAUUGACAGAGAUUUUAUUCAUUUCGGAUUCAAUGACCUUGGCAUACAAGCUGUAGAAAUAAAAUCUAUUGAACUUCCAAUGUCAACCAAAUUCUAAAGAAGUAUAAUGCCAGUUUUGAUGUCUGAGACACGCCCGACAAAUGAUGAAACUGAUAGUGUACAGAAUUUAGACCAUUUUCGAAACGGGAGCAGAAAAAAAUUGGCUUCAAUGAUAUCGAUAGCAUUGGUAAUUCAACAUCUUUAUGUGUUAUGUUGAUAUAAACACCAAUGAACUGUGAUUAUCAGCUUGUUGACUGUGAUACGAAAAAACAACAACACAAUGAACUGUGUUAUAAUGAUAAACAGCCAGUGGACUGUGGUACAAAAAAGUUGAAAAUCAUAGAAUUGUGAAUAUUAAAAAAAACAACAAAAAAAAA